AUGAAGGUGGCUGUGGGCCCAGACCCUUCCCUGAUUUAUCGUCCUGACGUGGACCCAGAGAUGGCCAAAGACAAGGGCAGCUUCCGGAACUACACGUCGGGCCCCCUGUUGGACCGGGUCUUCAACACCUACAAGCUCAUGCACUCCCACCAGACAGUGGACUUUGUCAGGAAAAAGCACGCCCAGUUUGGCAGUUUCUCCUGCAAGAAGAUGACUGUCCUGGAGGCUGUGGAGGCACUGGACACGCUGGUGGACGAGUCUGACCCAGACGUGGACUUCCCCAACUCGUUCCACGCCUUCCAGACGGCUGAGGGCAUCCGCAGGGUGCACCCAGACAAGGACUGGUUCCACCUUGUCGGGCUCCUGCAUGAUCUGGGGAAGGUGUUGGCCUUGUGGGGGGAGCCCCAGUGGGCCGUUGUUGGAGACACCUUCCCUGUGGGCUGCCGGCCCCAGGCCUCCGUGGUCUUCCGAGAGUCUACCUUCCAGGACAACCCUGACCUGCAGCACCCCCAGUACAGCACGGAGCUGGGCAUGUAUGCACCGCACUGUGGGCUGGACAACGUCCUGAUGUCCUGGGGCCAUGACGAAUACUUGUACCAAAUGAUGCGAUUCAACAAGUUCUCCCUGCCCGAGGAGGCCUUCUACAUGAUCCGGUUUCACUCCUUCUACCCGUGGCACACGGGAGGCGACUACCGGCAGCUGUGCAGCCAGCGGGACCUGGACAUGCUGCCCUGGGUGCAGGAGUUUAACAAGUUUGACCUGUACACCAAGAACCCCGACCUGCCAGAUGUGGAGCAGCUGCGCCCCUACUACCAGGGACUCAUCGACAAGUACUGCCCCGGUGUCCUGAGCUGGUGA